AUGCAAGCAGAUCCAGGACAGAGCCCAAUAGGCUGGGACACCGAGCCACCAAGCGGCGUGCAAGCCUCCGGACCCUGCGAUUUGUGUUUCAUCAAAAAUCUGCAGAAGCAGGCUGGCAGUCCGUACUACGACGGACCUCAGAUUCGAGAGAGUUCCUUGCUUCCAGUCGCUAGUCCCACACCGACAUCGACGGUCUGCAGUGGCAAGGAAUACGACAUCCAGACCGGCGAUGACUGCUACAAGAUAUCCAAGUCUCAAGGCAUAGGGACUGCCUGGCUGCUUUCAGACAAUUCUCUCACUGCCUACUGCGCCAAUUUUCCACAAAAUGGCAAACUGUGCAUCAAGAACACAUGCAAAGUCUAUACAGUACAGCCUGCCGAUACCUGCGAGAUCAUGGCUAGCUCCAAUAAUAUCACCAUCGCGCAGUUGAAGGCCUGGAAUCCGAUCAUUAACGCUGGCUGUCACAACUUAUACAAGAUGAACGGGACUUCUAUUUGCGUGUCCAAUCCUGGCGUAGCAUAUGUCACGCCCCCAGCUAUGCCUCCUCUGGCGCCAAGCACAGCCGUCAGCGCAGCACCCGUGCCUACCAAUGCGAAGGACGAAUCGAAUCGACAAUGUGGGCAGUGGUAUAAUGUUGAGAGCGGAGACUAUUGCAACCUCGUGACACUGAGACGACCUGGCUACCAUACUCCCGGUCCUUCGGGAGUACCAUUCACCAAAGUCACGUUUACGCCCACUAAGCCCGCUACGAUAACACCCUCGCCCACGCAGCUGAGCCUUGCGCUUGAUACAAGAGACGAUUGCUACCAGUAUUUCGAGGCAUCACAAAUGGAAAGCGACAUAACAGGAACUCUUUAUCGUCACCAAUGCGAUUUGGCUGCAGAUAUCUACGGUGUAGAGAUGUCCGAACUGCUCACCUGGAAUCCCUCACUCGGGAACGACACCGAAGCGCCUACUUGCAGCUUCGAGCCUGGAGUCCGCUAUUGUGGAAGGUUCUACUUCGAGCCCCCAAAGGCCGAGCCCGAAGUAGGCCCAUCGCUGGAAUUUCCGAUCAGAGAAGGGUAUGAUACGAACUGCACUGAGUUCAGGGACGUGUCUAAGGAUUUCACUUGCGAGGAUGUUCUGGCUUUGUUCGAUCUCACCUUGGCUCAAUUCUUCAAGAUGAAUCCGGCCGUAGGCUCAACGUGUGCGAAUCUUUGGACCGAAACGGCAUAUUGCGUCAAGUCGCCCAGUGCCCCACCGCCCACUACGAGCGUCACUUCGACCUCCGUUGCCCCGAGCAGUACAGUUCCACCAGGACCUGGGGCACCAACGCACACUGGACAGCCUACAAACUGUGUUCGAUGGCACAUCGUCGAGAAAGGUGAUGAUUGCUCGAUUCUUGCAAACAAAUACUUCAUCACCUUGGAGCAAUUUUAUGCCUGGAAUCCCGCCGUGUCGAAUGAUUGCCGCGACAACUUCUGGCAGGGAUCGGCAUAUUGUGUGGGCACUUCGGAUUCGAUCAGCGUGAGCAGAUCGGUUCCCCCGCCGUCGCCUACUCCCAGUCCUUUCGUCAUACCAACGCCAAAUCAAGCAAACAACGCGAUCAAAGAAUGCAACAAGGCUGCUCAGGCGCAAGAAGGAGACUGGUGUGCUUUGUUUGCUGAACGAAACGGAAUCACCGACGCGCAACUAUAUGCGUGGAAUGCAGCCUUGGAUAAUGGCAAUGGUUGUGGCACUUCUUUUUGGAAGGAUUACUGCGUUCCCGCAACGAUGGUGCGCUCACUCCCCUACCUCAGUCGCGUCAUGGACAAACUACCACAAGAGCUGAUCAACCGCAUUGUGUAUUUCGCAGAGCGGUACCCAGACCAGGAAGAGUGGGCUUCCGCGAUAGGACAAUCUUUCGAGCCCGAUGGUUCGCCAUCUCAAUUUCCUCGCCUCGCGAUCCUCAAUCGCACUUGGAAGGAAGCAGUUGAGACCAUUACAUUUAACCGUCUCGGCAUCAAAAGCGAUGAGCUGGAAUCGCUCCAGUCCAUCGUAACAGGAAAUCGCCGCAACUAUCUUUCCUGGAUCAGUUUCAGGGCGGAAUUGCCAACAUAUUCGGAAGAAGCAUACGAACACAAAGAAUCACGACUUGAUCAACAUGCCAACAACGAGGCAUUUACAAAAGCUAUAAGCGAACUUUUCACGGUGCUGCGAACUUGGGAAGACAACGGUGUGAAGAAUGGAGUGCGGCUUAUAAUUGCGGGAGCUACGUGCCCGACCGACGCUCGGGAAGUGGAUGAGUUCGAGAUUGAGCAUGGUCUGAGCAGAGAUAUUCAAUCCGCUCGUUGGGCAGAGUCGUACCUGCGCCUUGUUGAACCCCAAAACCUGCCUACAUUGUCUAAUCUGCAGCACCUCACUAUCGAGCGCACCGGCGUGCGAAGCCUUGCACCAAGCGUUGCACCAGAUCUAGCAGUGGCAAUGCCAGAGCUCAGGACAGUGGACUGGGAGUUUCCAGACUACGAGGCUGGUUCUGACGCGGGGUCGGACCAGGACUCGUUGGAUUCAGACUAUGAUCCAGAGUGGGAACCGGCGACAUCUCCCAAGGCGCGCGGUGAGGCGCGCGCCGAAUUUGCUAAUAAGCUCUCGCCGACACAUUUCCGCUCACUCCAUUCUGCCAACAUUGUCUUUGUACACUGCACUCCUUUAGAUCAGAGGUAUACAGUUCCGAGCAUUGUGCCAGAAGGCUACACAUACGACCCGUUCAGUUCAUCAAUCCGAACCUUCUCACAAUGUCUUACAACCCUUACCCUGAGUGCGCACGUCGACCCCACGCUAUUCUGGCCAUCAGACGAAAACGCGACGCCACCGUCUUGGCCACACCUGAAGUCCUUCGACAUCACGUUUGACAUGGUCGCUCCAUCAGGCAAAUGGUACUUCACUGGUGCAACACCGGCCGACGACCCCCACGACGACCCCGGGCGCGGCAUUGUCGGGAGUGUCGAUACGCGCGAGUUCAGCUGGCAUGACUUCCGGCAGCACCCCGACCCAGAAACCUUUGAUCCUUUUCUCGGCGCGCUCGCAAAAGCCGUUGAUUGCAUGCCUGUUCUUGAGUCCUUCAUGCUUACGUCUGAGAUGACGGGUAAGACGGGGAGACUGCACAUUUCGUAUCACGCGCCGGGCCAGAAAGCGGAGUGGGGUGAUGAAGGACCGGAGGACGAACAGCACAGGAGAAUUUACUACGCUUGUGAGACGGGAGUAUGGGUGCCAGAGCCAAAGACCUCUGAAGGACUGAAACGCGCAGGAAUGCAAAAGUAUGGCGGGGAGGUUAUCGAGCGAUACGUGGGCAGUCAGUACUAUUGA